CAAAAUCCCGCCGAUUGCCGCCGGCGCUCGGUUCUCCGUUCCGACGGCGUUUUCUCAGGCGAAUUUCACGCUCUCAGAACUGGAAACUUCUGUACGUAACUUCGUCGUUAAUAAACUUCUGGAGGCUGAGAAAGGGAAGUUCACAAGAACAUAGGCAUGGAUAGAGAAGAAUUGAUUUUAGGGAGGGAAAAUCGAAUUGAUGAUGUCAGAUGGCUUUGCUCGCUAACUGAUUCUGAACUUGAUUUUUUGAUUAGUUUGAAAGUGUUGAUCAUACAAAAUGCAAAGAAAAUUGGUAAUGAAGCUUUGGCCAAGAAGUUUGAUUUGAAGUUUCUUCGUGCUCUCAGUUUUAUUUUGAUGAACAAACUUAAUGGACAACUCAAAGACAUAUCAACCACUCUCAGUUCUCGUGGAUCUUCGUUGCCCUUGGAUGAAUGUAACUUGUUGAAGUUUGAUCUUGAUGAAAGUUUCGAUAGCUUAAGUAUUGAAGAGUUGAGCGCCUAUGUUUGCAGCGAUAGGAGGAAGAGAGUCAAGUCCAUGUUGUUUGAAGACAUCCCUCCAAGUCAGAAGCAGAGAACUGAGAGCUAAACUUCAUGGAUUGUUGCACAGGCGUAGCAGGAUUUUUCAAGAAAUGUUAAUGGUAGAAAAUAUUUAUUUUUGUAACCCACUAUUUUUUUUGAUUGAAUUACACUAUGUCAGCGACUACAAAUUUGAAUGCAAGAGCAAUUUUUUUUCUUA